AGAUCAACGUCUCGCUCACCCACUCGCUUCGGUCUCCAUCCGAAACUCUGUGUCACCAACAAACGGAGACCCCCGAGAAUCGAUUCGGAAUUUGGAAUACACAGUGAACUCAAUUGUGUAUUCAUUAUUCAUCUCUCAUUCUCUCUCUUCCUCCAUUUAUAGAGAAGUGAAUUUGCUUGGCUAACUGCAUCCUUCUCUGCUUUUGCUUUUAGCCAUACUCUGAUAUACAUUUAUUACAUAUUUAGCAACUUAAAUACACAGCCCCAUGUCGUCCUCGUAAUAUCUGGCUGAACAGUUUCGAGGGAAAGGAGGUCCUUUCUGUUCAGUCUCUGCAAUUUCUGAUACUUCCUGCUUUUUCGUCUCCUCGCCGUCUUUGGGCUUGCGCAUCACUCCUGCUGCUUCUGCCACAACUGUGUCAGAGCACUUAACUAACUCAAGGAAGAGGCAGAUAAAAAGAACGCAUUAUUGAAAGUAAAGGCCAUUCUGUUUUGGAACACAGAUCUGGGUUUUCCUUCUUCAAGCUUUAGGAGAAAGAGACGUCUCGACCAAGAUCCACCAGGAGAUUUUGACACUGCCUUUCGCGUAUUUCGGAGACAAUGUUGCCUCAGAAGCAGGCAGAGGAAGCCAUAGUCACCAACUUCACCGAAACAGAGAAUGAUGGAGGCAUCGUCAGGGAAGAAGAGAAGGAGCAAGACAACUCCAUGUUCACCCUCAAGAGCUUCCUCUGGCAUGGCGGCUCAGUUUGGGACGCCUGGUUCAGCUGUGCUUCAAAUCAAGUAGCCCAAGUGCUCUUGACGCUUCCCUAUUCCUUUUCCCAACUGGGUAUGCUUUCAGGCAUAUUGCUGCAAGUAUUUUACGGCAUACUCGGAAGCUGGACGGCUUAUCUAAUCAGUGUCCUCUAUGUGGAAUACCGUACCAGAAAGGAAAAGGAAAACGUUAGCUUCAAGAACCAUGUCAUUCAGUGGUUCGAAGUGCUCGAUGGAUUGCUGGGUCCGUAUUGGAAAGCAGUGGGGCUGGCCUUCAACUGUACUUUCCUCCUCUUCGGAUCCGUGAUUCAGCUUAUAGCUUGUGCAAGUAACAUCUACUACAUAAACGACAAAUUGGACAAACGAACUUGGACAUACAUAUUUGGAGCUUGCUGUGCGACCACUGUGUUCAUCCCUUCCUUUCACAACUAUCGAAUCUGGUCAUUUCUAGGACUUGGAAUGACCACUUACACAGCUUGGUAUUUGACAAUCGCAGCGCUUCUUCAUGGCCAGGUGGAGGGUGUGACUCACUCGGGUCCGGCGAAGCUGGUUCUGUACUUCACCGGAGCAACUAAUAUACUGUACACAUUUGGUGGCCACGCCGUGACUGUGGAGAUAAUGCAUGCCAUGUGGAAGCCACAGAAGUUCAAGUACAUAUAUUUGCUGGCCACACUGUACGUGUUCACGCUCACUCUUCCGUCGGCUUCCGCCGUCUACUGGGCCUUCGGCGACCAGCUCCUCAACCACUCCAACGCCUUCUCUCUCCUCCCCAAGACCGGUUUCCGUGAUGCCGCCGUCAUCCUCAUGCUCAUCCACCAGUUCAUAACAUUCGGGUUUGCGUGUACUCCAUUGUACUUCGUGUGGGAGAAGGUGAUCGGCAUGCACGACACCAGAAGCAUCUGCCUCAGAGCACUCGCGAGGUUGCCGGUCGUCAUCCCCAUUUGGUUCUUAGCCAUCAUCUUCCCUUUCUUCGGCCCCAUCAACUCCGCCGUCGGAGCCCUCCUCGUCAGCUUCACCGUCUACAUCAUCCCUGCCCUCGCUCAUAUGCUUACGUACAGAAAAGCCUCCGCCCGACAGAAUGCUGCAGAGAAGCCUCCCUUCUUCAUGCCCAGCUGGACUGCCAUGUACGUCUUCAAUGCCUUCGUUGUGGUUUGGAUCUUUGUGGUUGGUUUUGGGUUCGGAGGAUGGGCCAGCAUGACCAAUUUCGUCAAGCAAAUUGACACAUUCGGUCUCUUCGCCAAGUGCUACCAGUGCCAGCCUUCCGGGCUACCACCGCCCAAGGCGGCGGCUCCACCCCCUCACGCUCAUCAUCUCUGAGCAGUGUCGGUUCCCCUGCCUCAACAACAUAACAAAGUGGUACCCUUGAAAAGUACUAGCGUCUUACACUUCUCUCAUAUCUUGUAUCAUACGUGGGGAAUAUAGUAGUAAUACUUCCCCACUUUUCAUUUCAUGUGUGUUGUUGUUGUUGUUUUUUUUUUUUAAUUGGGGCAUAUUUUUAUCGUCUUUUUUUUUUUACUACAUAGUAAUUUUUUUAACUUGUUAGUUGAUGAUAAAAAAAAAUAGUGUGUCUAAUGGUUGUGAUUUCUUUGCUAUAUAAAUGCAGAGGUUAAUGCGUUAGAAAGAAGGAACAUUUAUA